UUUGUGGCCCUUGGAAGGACUGCCCCCCCCCAUACCCAGGGGCACCAAAGGACUGAAGGAGUUCUUAGCGGCCGGAUCCAUUCCCGAUCCCUCCACCCAGCUGUGAGCAUCUGGACGGAAGCCAUGGAUCUGCUGGGAUCCUUCUUAACCCUUUCCCUGCUGCUGCUCUCCAAGGUGACCGCCGAGGAUUCCUGCGCCAGCGGGGAAUGCUGCUCCGUCUGCCCUCCGGGUCACGGCGUGACUGCCCCGUGCGGUGCUGCCGAUACCAAGUGUGAGCCCUGCAGAGAUGGUACAUUCUCCGAGGUCAGCAGCGCCACUGAAACCUGCCGGCCCUGCUCCGCCUGCCAGGGCCCCGGUCAGUCCGUGGAGUCCGUCUGCACCAGCGAGCGAGACACCGUCUGCCGGUGCCCGGAGGGGCAGUUUCUGCACAACGAGCAUUUCCUCAACAGCACCUGCCUCCCCUGCCAGGUCUGCUCCAAGGGCCACGGGGUAAUAUCUCCCUGCACCCGCGCGCACAACACGCAGUGCCAGCUGUGCCCUAGGGGCUUCUACUCGGAGGAGAAGAGCAGCGUGGCCCCCUGCCUGCCCUGCCGGACCGAGUGCAAAGAGACCGAGGUGCAGAUCGGGGACUGCGUGCCGCAGCACGACAUCCUGUGCAUGGAUAAAGACGUCCCCAUCCUGAAGCGGGCCGAUAAGGACGAGAACGGCACGGCCUCCGGCUCGCCGGAUUUUAUCGCCCCCCCGGACCACAGCAAGAACAUCAUCCCCGUGUACUGCUCCAUCCUGGCUGCCGUGGUGGUCGGCCUCAUCGGAUACGUGGCUUUCAAAUGUUAUCAUUCCUGCAAACAGAAGAAGCAGUUGGCGAAGGCCAGAGCCGGGGAGCUGGCGACCUCCGGCGAGGGGGAGAAGCUGCACAGCGACAGCGGGGUCUUUCUGGAUACUCACAGCCUCCAGGACCAGAACCAUCUCAGCAAAGUUAAAACCGAGCCAAAACUAUACGUUAACUUGCCACCACACAAGCAGGAAGAAGUAGAGCGCCUGCUGACGGACACCAGCCGCGGUAAGGACUGGCAGCGUCUGGCCAACCUCCUGGGAUACGAAGAGGAGGCCAUCGACGCGUUCUCCAGAGGAGAAGAUCCCGUCCAUACCCUCCUCACCGACUGGUCUUCAAAGGACAGCUCGACUCUAGAGGUCCUCUGCGCCGCCCUCAUUAACAUGGAAAGGGCCGACGUGGUGGAAAACCUGAACAGCGCCGCCGACGCCAGCUCCGUGGUGUAACCCCUGCCCCUCCCCCCACCGCAGGCCGAACUUCAGAGACUUUUAACGAAAUCUGCAGAUUCUAAUGGAAUUUUCAAACAGCAAAUAUCUUUUUUUAGUAAAAUAAGAAUGAACUCGUCCAGGACGGAGAUUGAGGACAAUUA